UUCAUCCGACCAUUAUGCCACCAAUUAUGACGUCUCUCGCGCCCGCGAUCUUGAGCUGGCGGAGAGCCCACACGUGCCUAAUAAAAGUAAAAGUGAGCAAGGUAGCAGCUCACACUCGCAGCAAAUCGAUCCAGACCUUGGCCAAAGUCGCGGCGCUCCACGGGUCCCAGUCUAGUUCGUACCGGCACGGUGAAGAGAACGAUGAAGUCGACGGUGAUCUUCGCGUUGUUUGUGGUCGCGAUCGCAGCCGUUGGGCAGGUCGCGAGUGACGUCGUAAUUUGCAACUACGAAAAGUUCGAUCUUUACGACGCGAUGUACAAGAAGCGGCAGGACGAUUUCUGUGUGUUCCAGAACGUGUUUAUGUCGACGGAUGUGCGGUACGGGGACUUUAUGGCCAGCAGCUUGGACUACCAGAAGAUUGCGUUUACGAACUCGCGGUUCCCGAUCGUGCCGCCGUCUCUGUAUCGAAACUUUGACGACAUCAGGGAGUUGUACGUGAGGCGGUGUAACAUUGAAACGCUUCGGGUUACCCGACUCGUUGAGAAGAUGUACGCCGGAAGCAACCAGAUCACUUCCGUUUCUAUUGACGGAAAUGGAUCCAACAACUUGAAGGAGCUGUACCUGGAGUCCAACAUGAUCGCGGACAUCGCGAACCUUACCAAUCUUCCAAAUCUUCAUGUGUUGGUCCUCGAGAACAACCCAAAACUGGGAAACACAGACUUUGCGAUGUUCUCCCGAAUGACCAAACUGUGGAAACUCGACCUGGAAAACACCGGCAUGACCAAGAUCAUCAACACACUCCGGCUAGACCUGACCGAACUGAAGCGACUCGAUCUGUCCAACAACCAGCUCACCUACAUCGACAUGCAUCAGUUCCACUCGUUCCCCAAACUAGAGAACCUCUGGCUCAGUGGCAACAAAAUGUACUUCAUGGAGAUGGAACCCAUCCGGGCGAUCCUCCCGGAAAUCCGCAGCAUCGUGAUCGACGACAACUACUGGGGCUGCCAGCACCUGGCCAUCAUCAGCAAAUACAUGCUCGACAACGGCAUCAUCAUCCGCCAGGGCGAGUGCAAAUCUCGCAACAUCCACAAAGUGUGCUGCUCCGACACGACCGACCUCGUCGACAACCGGUACCUCAUCGAGAUGAAAAUCCGGUCCGAAUCCAAGCUGGAAGAAUCCGUCAAAACCCUCGAGCGGGACAACCUCGCCCUGCUAGAUACCGUGGAGGGAAUGCGCGUCCAACUCAACAGCCUCAUCCUCAACUACACCGCCAAGAUGGAGGAGAUGCGACAAACGGCGAUCGCAGCGAGACCGGUGGCGGAUCCCGUGGAUGAUCCGGACUCGCUGGAAUCGGCCGAAGCCGAGGAUUACGCGUACUACGAGAGCGAGGAACGUCACAAAGUUGUCGAAGCGGAGGCCAUCGAAGUUACGACGGAAAAGUCGAGCGCCGAAGAUGUCUCGUCCGAGCAAAACAGGGUGGAGUGAAGUGAUGGAUUGUGAAAGUUGCGAGUGGUGGUGAUGCGCUUUGCUGUGUUGAAGGGGUUUCGAUGAGUGCUAAAAUAGCAAAUGAAGAUGCAUCUAAUGAAGUGAAAUGAAACUUUGCGUGUGGUCAUUAA